AUGGAGCAGACGAUAAUGCGAUCUUAUCAACCUUCAAUUUCCAGGAAAACGGUUUUUCAUUCGCUUUUUCAUUAUCCAUUAUCAUUCCUAUCCGCCUCCGGAUUUCUUGGACCAAUAUAACUUUCGUGCUGAAAUGCAGAUAUAAAAGGGGCCCUUUGUUAGAAGAAAUCAGUUUUCCGCCGGCCGACUGGGCUCUUUUUUUCUUGCGAAGAAAGCCUGUUUUCAUUUUUCAUUCUCUUAACUUCAUAGGAAGUUAUUUUAUUUUAAUUUUGCCAUAGUACUUCAGAAAAAAAACACCUGGCUAUGAAAUUCUUAAAUGAAACUUGAUUUUUCGAAAAGCUGACCUCCCUUUAGGUGAUUUUCACACCUAAUUCAUUUAAUUAACCCCACUUGAAGCCUUCAAUUCCUAAAAAAAACUUUAUUCGGACAAAUUUUCUUUUUCUACUUUGUUUGGAAGAGGAUUGUCGAUUAAUUAACUGUGUUGCUCGUCAGUUUGAAAACUCCCCAAACCAUCAGUGAUUAGACUAAUACUCUCACUUGAAUUUUCGAACUAUCUCGAAAAAAAUCAUAAUUUCUGUCAUGAAUUCUCAUUAUUUCAUACCCCUCUUCGUUUAUCAAUUGAUUUUUCCGUUUUAUUUUUAUUUACUUAUAAAGAUUUGAUUUUUCAGGUGAUAACGAAAAAAAUCGGCUGUGCCGUGUUUGCAGUUACUUCGACUGAAAAAAAGGUAUGUACUUUUUUUGAAACAAAUAAUAUAAGCCUUUUCCUGAUUCAUAUUAAGCUAUCAAUCUUUAUUCAUCACACUUUUUUUUCCAUUGCCUUUUUUUGUUUGCAUCUAAAUCUUUUUCAAUCACACCCGUUUGUUUUUGUUUGCCUUCAUUACCCAAAAUUAGGAAGGUAAUUGAUUUUGAGCAAUUUUCGAUUUGGCUCAAAGAAUACUUGCUGAAAAGCUUGGACGAUAAGAUUUAAUUUAUUGUAUUGAAUGCCUAGAGUGUAGUAAACAAUACGUUAAAACCAAGCAAAAGCUCAAGUCAAGGAUUUGCCAACAUCUGUGUAGCAUAAGAAACAAUGAGUUACAUAUAUUUUUCUGUUCAUCGACCAUGUGAAUCAUGAUAGUCAAGAUCCAAAUAUAAGGGCCAACCUGGGCUUAUAUUACAUUCCAAUCAUUAUUCUUACAUUUAUCAAGCUUUAUUCUGCAUCAUUGCUGAGUUUCGUCAAGAAAUUCCACCUAUGUCCAAAAUGGUUCCUCUCGAAGUUGACCACAUCCUCUUUUUGUUCUGCACAGUUUUGAUUCAAUUGUAUCUGAUUUUCAUCUCUGCGGUCAAGAAUAUAAGGUGGCGCAAUUUUUUUUUCAAUUUUUCCAGUGAUUGGUACAGCCAAGUACAAAGUUAUUUCAUCACUUAUUAAGGUCGCUAGAUAGGGGUCUAUUGCAGCAAGACGUAGGAAAUUCUGUUCUAAAGACGAGAAAAUUUGGAAACUAAUGACUCAUGCCAACUUAAUAGAAAUCGUUACUAGCUGUGAUACCAAAGCUCUUCACUAAACAUAGACAAUUUUGCUCAUUUAUAGAAACCAUUAAAAUGAAUAACAAUGAACGAAACUUGUAAGCAAGAAACAAAAUAUUUUCUCAAUGCUUGCACCGCUCAAUUUCAACUUAUCCAAAAUGUCCCCGAAAGUUCAGAAAUCAGCUUAAACUUCACUUACUCCGAGACCAUGGGAGAAUCCAGUUUGAGUCGUGACAUUGGAAAACUUUUGAAAGAUAACUUGAACCAUUUCAAUCUACUGUACUUGAUAAAAAAAAAAGAUGAAAAUCAAUAUGAGAUAAAAAUAUCACAUUCCAAGUUUUUAUAAUUUUUAUUUAUCUGUAUUACUUUUCUGGCUCGAUUACCAUCAAGAAAUAUGACAUGAUCGGUCUUAGAAAAAUCAUCAUAAGUCAGCUUCCUAAACGUUUUGAUAACUCAUCUUUUGCAAUCUACCCCUUUUAUCAAUCAAGCCCAUAAUGAAAAAAAGAAUUAUGAAAUUUGGUUUUACGAGAGAAAAGAAAAUCUUUUUUUUUCGAAACGGACUUUCGAGCUGCGUGCCGCAAUGUCAAUUUUUCAUUUUAUCGCUCAUAACUUUUCAACGGAGCAAGCUAAAGGAUCCAAAACUUUCAAUAUGGUAGCUCAUGUAUUGGACUCUGAGGUGGAAUCGAUUGCUGUCAAAUUGUUUCGUUGGUCGUCAUUCGCAAUGCAUUUUUCCAAUUUAGUCAGUUUUUGAGUCAUCUCAACAUUUUUAAUAAUACUGACAUCAGUUUCAUUCAAAAAGAUUUGGUUUUCGCUGUUAUGUAACGUUAUUGAGUUACAAACGGCAUCAUUUUACAGAAAUCGAUUCUAUACAUGUUCAAUAUAGUUAUGAUAUUUAGAGUUUAUCUCUUCUAAGAGUUUAAAUUUUUUUCAACUGUUGCGUCUGAGUUAGCCAGACAAAACUUGCUGCUACUUGUGUGUGCCUUAGCCGAUUCAGCUGAAACUUUUGGGAAAUAUAGAAGAAGGGACUAGAAUACUACAACAAAAAAAUAACUUAUGUCAAAAAAAUUAUUUUUUUCUCAUUAAAAUUGUCUGUUUGUUUUUAUGCGACAAUACUUUUUGGACCACCCUGUACAGAGACUUACUCUACAUUUCUUAAAUUUUUGUACUUUUACCUGACGUCUUUCUCUCAUAUCAUUUUAGGUUUUUUUUCUUUUCUUUUUGCUUCAUUCCGUUCAAGUUUACACAUUUAUUAUAAAUAUUGCGUUUAGUUGUAAAGCCGAGCUUCAAUUAUCGCAAAUUCGAAAAAAAUCCGAAAUUUGUGUAGAACUUUUAGUCUCUGUCCUCCUUUUUUUUCAAAUCGCUACAUUUUUUCAAAUCAAACCUUGAAUUUCCUUUUAACAAUAAAAUGAGGAUUUAACAAAAUUGAAAAAAAGUUGUUCUGAGUCUUUCUAGAUCAAAACGCUACCUUUCACUUUAUAGCCGAGGCAUGACAAAUUGAAAAAAUUUUUUUUAAUUUACCGCGCUUAACCUCUGAAUUUCUUCAACUUUGAAAAAUUAUCUCUUUUUUUCAUAAAGUUCGGCAAGUUUCAUCAAAUUCUCUGAAAAUGUCUUUUUUUCUUUCAAAAGUGUAACUUUAGAAUAAAUUAAUUCAGAACUUUACUCUCAAAGACAGAUGCUAAUAUUCUAAACAAAAAAACGUUUUUUUAUAGAUGCCACGCCCCGUGCUCAAUUCUUUGGGAGAAUCCGAUGCGAGCGAGUACUCUUGGCUCUCCGGGUCGCCGCGAGCAGUGCAUUAUGGACCUGUACCGGUCUAUGGCUUCGUGAACAACGAAGUUCCACCUAUUCGCUUCGGCGUCAACAUCUACAACAACAAUCGUUUGGGUCGUGGACCCCUCGGUGGACCCCAUGAGCACAUUCCGGGCCGUCUCCCGCCCUUCAAUUUCGUAUGUUUUAUCCUUUUCCGAGUCAGCAAAAUUAAAUAAGUUCGAUUCAACUGAAAGUCUGAGCGUAACAAAGAAAUCAGGAGGAAGCUUUAAAUUUUCAAUGAACUUUUCUAAACACAUUCUAACCUUCAUCGUUGCUACGAGAGCAAAGUUUUGGUACGAAAGGCUUUCGCUGAACUUAUUUUAUUAGCUGAACCAGCACAAAAACUUGACAUUUAAAAUCCCUAUUAUUAUAUAUUCUUUCAAAAACAAGAAGUUUCACUUUUCGUUGGGAUUCUGUUGACUUUUUCCGACCCCAUAUUGCCAAAACAGUAGUAAAUAAGCGAGCUUGAAUGAAUGCACCAUAAAGCAUUUAUCAAAGAAUGUGAUAUGUUUUAGGAAAGGAUGCGAAUAAUCUAAUUGAUGACUUUUUCAGGGUAUGCCCGUUGAGAGGGAACGUCAUGCUUUUUCCGGUACUUUUUUUACUUAUUUCCUAAUAGGAUUCUAUAUGAUUAGCUUUUUUGAAUAACCAAAAAAAUUUUUUUCUGAAUUAUCUUCGCCAAAAACUUGAAUCGUUUCGAACUCGAUAUUUAUCAAUUUUUUUCAAAAAAACGUUUACUUGCUAUUUUUUUAGUUGAAAAAAAUUCAUGAAAAAAACCUGAAAUUUUUUUAAUUAUUGCUAAUAAGUUGAUUGAUAACUCUGCUUUCAGGACGUCGGAAACCAAGGCAUUGGCCAACGUCGGAAUGGCCCCGCGAUCUUAGAUCUAGGCGAAUUGAACCGAAGUGGGAAUCUCGCCGCACCGCUUUUGGUAAUUUUAAAUCAUUUUCAUUAAACUUUCUCACCAUCUCUAAUUCUAUCGAAUUUUCUCAUUUUCGCCUUUUGAGAUUCUCUUUUGUUUAAAAAAAGGGAAAAGUUCCAAAAAAUCAAAAUUUUUUUCGAACCAGUUCAACGCGGAAAAAGAUGAUUCAAGUUAGCUAUUUCCUAAAACCUAACUUUUUUUUUCCAGUGAAAAGUUUUCGAAAUCUUGAAUCGCUCUAAUCAUAAAUCAACUCUGCUUUCAGGACGUCGGAAACCAAGGCAUCGGCCAACGUCGAGAUGGCCCCGGAUUCCUGAAUCUCGCCGAAUUGAACCGAAGUGGAAAUCUCGCCGCACCGCUUUUGGUAAUUUGAAAUCAUUUUCAUUAAACUUUCUCACGAUCUCUAAUUCAAUUAAACUUUAUCGUUUUUUUCGUUCUAAAAAUUUUUCUUUUUGUUUUUAACGAAAGAAUCGCGCCUAGCUUGAAGUUCCAAAAUCUAAUUGUUUUUUUCCAAUGAGAAGUUUUCGUAAAACUGAAUUGCUCCGAUCCCCGAUAUUUUUUUGAUUUUUUUCUCAAAUUCAGAAAGAAUACGUAUUUAAAAAGCUGUUUUUCGAUUAUAGAAUUGAUAGUUUUAUUUUCAGGGAAUCGGGAACCAAGCCAUUGGCCAGCACCGCGAUGGCCCCGCAGGCCUUGGUCUCGCCGAACCGAACAUGGUUGGCCGUGGAAAUCUGGCGCCACCGCUUUUGGUAAUUUAAAAUCAUUUCCUUUAAACUUUCUCCCUAUCUUUUUUUUUACAUCCUCUUUUCUCAUUUCCUCUUUCCGGAGUUAUCUUUUGUUUCCACUUAAUAUUCUUGCUUAGCUAAGGGUUCUGAAAUAUGACUAUGUUUUCGAAUCAUUUCAAACGGAGAAAAAGAUUAAGGUCUCACCUUUUUCCGUUGAUUUUUGUUUCUACAGAGAACUUUUUGGAAACCCAAAUCUCUUUGAACCCGAUAUUUUUGCGAACUUUCAAAUCGCACUUUCUCGUAUUUUUCAAUGAGUAUUUUAGGGGAAAAAGCUUUCUUCCGUUCAUUUAAAACCACGUUUUUGACAACUUUGUCUUCAGAUCGGCAACAACCGCGCCGCAUGCGUGGACCGCCCGGGGAAUCCCUGCCCUUCCUCUGGUAAUUUUUUUAUUCGUUCUCCUUCUUGACUCCUAUUUUUUUGUUUUUGGAAGGAUGGGUAAUACUAUUCUAAAAAAAGGCAUUUCUAUUUGGAAUCGGGAAUUCCUAGAAAUUUCGUCAUAAUUUUUAUUAUACAAUGUUGACAUUUUUUUGAAACUUUCUUUUUUUAUUCAAUUUUUGUACUUUUCGAGCGUUUUAAAUUUGAGAAUUUUUUCUUCCUGAUUACGAGCUUUUUUUGCUUGAAAACUUAAAAAUUGAGAAGCUAUAGACUUUGAAAAAUCUGAUCUGGUACGUGAAAGAGUUGACCGGGCGAGAUUCAGGCAUUGCUCAGAGAUACAUUGUUUUUUUUUUUGCAGAAUGGCAGUGUUCAAGCGCCAGCGCUUUGCCCAGAAAACAAGGCGGCCGCCGCGAAGGGGGUCGUCUACGGGUCAAACGACUAUGACCCUAAAAGAAUAUAUCCCGAGUUGCUCGGGGUUUGUUCUAUUCAUUUUUUACCUAUUUGAACACUUAUUUCAAUCUAAUUUUUUGGCGUGUGCAAUGGAGUAAAGAGAAAAAACCGAAAAAGUAGAGCUGCUAAUGUUUUUCAUCUACUCUAUCCCAAAAUUGGUAUAUUUUCAGAUAGACAAGAAGGAAGAGAAAAAGAGUUUUGCCUCGAAGUCAACGUGGAGCCACAAAAAACCUGUUGAAAUCCAAGCAAGUUUAUCUUUUCCUUUGAGCAAAAUUAAGCUUUUCCUUCUGCUUCGGCUAGUUCAGGUGUAGCUUUCAAGUAGAGACAGUUUUUCUUCUUUUUUGAGCGUCCCUUGAACUAAAUUUUGAAUUACUGGCAAUUUUGCUUGCAGAAAGGUUUCAAGGGCCUCUUCGAUGAGGGAAGAGGACGACGGGUGGGGCUCCUCCAAAAAACCGAAGGUAUUGAUCAGUUUGAUCCCUUUUUUUCACAGAGUAGGAAACCUUUUUUACAGUUUUAAUUUAUUAGAAUGAAGAGGAAUUCUCGAAAAUCGUAACCGAUUUAUCAACGUAAUCAUAUUUUUUUAGAAUGGCUCCGAGGGUGGCCGCUCAGGGCGCGGAACCAGCUUCUUCAGCCAGUCGGUGAUGUAUGAUCCCACGAAAAAAACACCCGAAUGUUUUUUUGUGAGUUUCUUACAUUCUUAAAGAAAUGAAACAUACCUUUAAACUCUCAUGUGAGAUAUUCAAGAAGAUGAAGUUGAAACGUAACUCCUAAUUCUCUUGUUGCUUUCAUUGAAAUUUGAAUUACUGGAUGAGAGAGGAAAAAAACCGAUCAACGGUAUAUCUUCCAGAGAAAUGAUAAGAUGAGCUUUCCCGCAAAAAAAACCACUAAACAUUCAGGACGCUGAGUUCCAGACACUAUCCCAUUACAAAAAAAGCUUCAUUUUAAAAUUUGGUCCUCCGAUUAGACAGACUUUGUUCGACUACUCAAGAAACACCGCUUUUGAUCAAUUUUAUAGAAAAGUAGGAAACUUAUUCUUCAAAAUUUCAAUUUAUUGGAAUGAAAGGGAGCAUGGGAAUUCUCACCGAUUCAUUGUAAUGUUCAUAUUAUUUUUUUCAGCGUGAUGAGAAGCCUCGUCAGACUAAAGGAUCCGGCUCCUUCGACAAGUACCAGCCGCUCAAAACGGUAGGAAAAAUAGUUUUAUUAAAUGGAAUGAAAGGAAAAAUUACAACUUUUAUCGAUUCAUCAUCAUUUUCGUUAUUUUUUUUCAGUCGGGCCCGAAGACUCUCGUUCUUUUUGAAGACAAAAACUUCGUGCCUCCUCGAAAUCAGUACAACCCGCGCAACCAAUUGCCUUCGCUGUUUGUGAGUUUUAUUGACUCUUGAAAAAUACAAUGAAAUACGCUUACAAAACCUCAAUGUGAAAUAGCCGAAAAAAAUAGUCGAUUCUAGGCAACUGGUCUAUCUAAGCAUGCCAUCAAGCGCAAGUAGUUUAUGGACCGGCAGGAAAAAAAUCAGUAAACAAUUAAAAAGGUUUAUUUUUGGUUUUCAGGAUUGA